UUACCAACUUUCUUUUUUGGUUCCUUAUAAAUCAAAUUAAAAAAUAUUCUCUUCGCGCAGAUCGUAACGUCCUGGGAGCAGAGCUUGGAAGGUACAUCAACUGGGAGCAUAUUAAAAGCGCAAUGGAAGUUCUUUACUCCUUGUUGAUCAUUCUUUUAAUGGCUGACACCUGCUGCAGCCAGACCUGCUCGAAUGCAAAUUGGUGGCAUACUUUUGACCGAGAGGGAUGGUCUUAUUGUGAUCACAAAAAUCAAUACAUGACUGGUCUUUGGAGGAAUGAUGCUAAAGGUUCAGAUGAUGGUAUCUAUCUCAUAGAGUAUGCUAAGUGUUGUGUUGCGCCUUACGGCAUGAAAGAUGUACCAGCAUCCUGCAAGACAGCCAACUGGUGGGGAGUUCUUGAUAGCACUAACACGUGGGCAACCUGUCCAGAUGGGUAUUUUAUGGGAGGUCUUUAUAGGACAGGGAAAAACCAUUGGCUGCAUAACAUCGAAGAGGCUCGAUGUUGUAAGCCAGAGGGCUUGCCAGAUAAAUAUGCAGACUGCUAUAAUGAGAAUGUUUGGGGUUCGUUUGAUGGUAAAGGACUUAGCGAGUGCAAGCGAGAGGGCUACUAUAUGGCUGGAAUAUUCAGAGGGAAAUGUGACAAGCUGUACUGUCUUGAAGAGUUUAAAUGUUGUCGAAUGAUAGCUAUUGAAGGCCCGCCUAUCCAAGCUGAUGAAACAAAAAGCAAAGAGCGAGGACCUAACAGCUGCUGUUCAGCAAAUGAGCCGACUCUUUCCCCUCUCCUCUCGAGCGGAUUCAAAAGAGCGGCUGUUUUCGAGUCUGGUACAUUUUGGUUUGCCAGGGAUAUCAUUGCAAUACAGUAUACAGACAACAGUUACGAUAACAAAACGAAUAAAUUUAUCAACUUUGUUGAAUAUCCAAGGUGUAAAGGGAAUAUGAAAAGCGCAAUUUACUCCUUGUUGAUCAUCCUUUUUAUGGCUGACACCUGCUGCAGCCAGACGUGCUCGACUGCAAAUUGGUGGAUUUCUUUCGACGGAGAGGGAUAGUCUUACUGUGACCACAAAAAUCAAUACAUGACUGGUCUUUGGAGGAAUGAUGCUAAAGGUUCAGAUGAUGGUAUCUAUCUCAUAGAGUAUGCUAAGUGUUGUGUUGCGCCUUACGGCAUGAAAUAUGUACCAGCAUCCUGCAAGACAGCCAACUAGUGGGGAGUUCUUGAUAGCAAUAACAAGUGGGCAACCUGUCCAGAUGGAUACUCCACGGGAGGUCUUUAUAGGACAGGAGACGACCCUUGGCUGCACAACAUCGAAGAGGCUCGAUGUUGUAAGCCAGAAGGCUUGCCAGAUAGAUAUGCGGACUGCUAUAUUGAAAAUGUUUGGGGUUCGUUUGAUGGUAAAGGACUUAGCGAGUGCAGGCGAGAGGGCUACUAUAUGGCUGGAAUAUUCAGAGGGGAUUGUGACAAGCUGUACUGUCUUGAGGAGUUUAAAUGUUGUCGAAUGAUAGAGCAUAUGAGACGCAUCAUGGAAGUUCUUUACUCCUUGUUGAUCAUUUUUUUUAUGGCUGACACCUGCUGCAGCCAGACGUGCAAGAAUGCAAAUUGGUGGCAUACUUUUGACCGAGAGGGAUGGUCUUAUUGUGACUCCGAAAAUCAAUACAUAACUGGUCUUUGGAGGAAUGAUAACAAGGGGUCAAAUGAUGGUAUCUAUCUCAUAGAGCAUGCUAAGUGUUGUUUCGCCCCUUACGGAGUACAUGCGCAAGACAUACCAGCAUCCUGCAAGAAAGCCAAUUGGUGGAAAGUUCUUGAUGGCACCAACAAGUGGGCAACCUGUCCUGAUGGAUACUUCAUGGGAGGUCUUUAUAGGACAGGGAAACACCAUUGGCUGCAUAACAUCGAAGAGGCUCGAUGCUGUAAGCCGGUGGGGUUGCCAGAAAAAUAUGCAGAUUGCUAUGAUGAGAAUGUUUGGAGCUCGUUUGAUGGUAAAGGACUUAGCGAGUGCAAGCGAAAGGGCUACUACAUGGCUGGAAUAUUUAGAGGGGAAUGUGACAAGCUGUACUGUCUUGAGAAGUUUAAAUGUUGUCGAAUGAUAGAAAUUGAAGGUACGCACAAUCAAGCAGAUGAAACAGGCAAAGAGUGAUUCUCAAAAACCAGAUUCGGCGUGCGGUAGAGGCAAGGUGAUGGGUUAGAUGGAAAUUUUAAAGUUUUAAACGCAUGUCGAUUGUAGGGAAACAAUAUUACGUGGCAUCAACAAUAAAGGCAUUGUUACCUCUAC